AUGGGACAAUUUCCAGCGGCAGAUCUUCGUCGCCUUUCCAACGGGUGGCUUUUUACAGGCGGUACUGAGAUAGGGUGGAUGGUUCUGGUGAGCGACAGGGAAGAAUUCGCUUUGCAUCUUUUAUUUGUUGUUUGGUGCGGUGGCCGUAACGACUAG